AUGACAGGGAACGAUCCUCCAAUUGCCAAAGGAAAAGGCAAAGGGAAAAGCAUCGAUGAAGACACCACAAGCGGCGGUCGGAGCACGGAGUCGGCACCAACUGAUGGCCAGCCGUCGGUCUUGUCCCGCAUUGCCCAAUCGGCGGCGGGCCUGGGACGGGAUAUGAUGUCGGCCCGGCCAAGUGGCGGCGACCUGGUCUCGCUCACGUCGACGGACAAGGGCGGGCGGGCCAGCCGCGGACAACCGUCGGCCGCGGCUGCAGCCGGCGAAGGCUCUGCUUCUGCUACGUUCCCAAGGUCGGCGGCACCCCAGUCCGGAAGCAGCAGUCACUCCCAGCAGCAUGCCAUGGCACAGGACGAAGCAUUCUCGCACUUCUUGGAUGGGACCAGCAUCGACAUGUCCAUGCCCGCCGAGCCAAUCAUCGGCCUCGACGACAAUGCCCUGCUAGAACAAGCGUGGACACAUCGGACACAGUCGACAGACGUGCCGUCGCUGACGACGACGACAGCGACAACUACGCAUUCUAUUCCUCCGCCGUCUUCGGCCGUGGCCGAGCAGGAGCGCAUGGACGGCCUCGAUGUCGUCAACCUGCUUGCUGGGGGCGGCCCUCCAGAAGAAGAACCUGACUACGGCGACAUCGAGCUGGCCGAGGACGAGAGCACGGCGCUCAAGCUUGCCCUGUUUGGCGACAGGAAAAGCGAAGAGCAGUAUGCGGCCUCGACAACAAACCACGAUUGGGACACGGUCCUCAAUUUCAUACCCGAUUUCGUGCGUCCGAGCCCCGGCGGCGAAUACGAAGACGACCCAGGGCACACCCAAUCCCGCACCGGCGCACCGACAAAGUCCCGCGAGACACAAGCGGCGUUGGGCAUGCCACACUCGUCCGAGAGCACGCGACAAUGGCUGGAACAGUGGCAGGGCGUUCUGACUCGCUACGACGACGAAGUCUGGGGCGGGCUGUCGCCGCUGGUUGCGCAGGCCCGGGAAGAGGUCGACCAACUUCAACAGUCCGAGACGGACAGCAGUCCUCCCGAUCGGCCGCCGGCAAGUACAAAGGCUCUGGACCGUCUGCGACAGAUUUUGGGGCAUCUUCGCGAAGAUUGA